CCUUGUUCCCGGAAGUAGAAGGUAGCGGCGUUGCCAUGGCGGCGUCUCUAGAGCAGGUGCUGGCUCUGGUACUGGUGGCUGCUCUGUGGGGCGGCACUCAGCCGUUGCUGAAGCGGGCCUCUGCAGGCCUGCAGCAGGUUCGUGAGCCAACCUGGGCCCGGCAGUUGCUGCAGGAGAUGAAGACUCUCUUCUUGAAUACUGAGUACCUGAUGCCCUUUGUCCUCAACCAGUGUGGCUCCCUUCUCUACUACCUCACCUUGGCAUCAACAGAUCUGACCUUAGCUGUGCCCAUCUGUAACUCUCUGGCCAUUGUCUUCACACUGAUUGUUGGGAAGGUCCUUGGAGAAGAUGUUGGUGGAAAAGGAGCAGUUGCUGGCAUGGUACUCACUGUGACAGGAAUUACACUUUGCAUCGCAAGCUCGGUGAACAAGACCCAGGGGAAACCAUCUACCCUUUGAGUAGAUUGACUCCUACCUCCAGCUCUGCUAUCUUCAGGAACCCCCUGGGCCAUGAGGUGCCUGCAGAAAAUACAUGGACCUAGCACUUCCCUCUCUGAAGGGACAAUAGCUACCUCGAGGAUCAGAAGAAGAGAACAAGAAUUAAAGGUUUUUAUAACCUUCAAGUGGUGUUCUGCUGCUGGGAUUUGGCACAGGAGACUUAUGCUCACUCUCAGCAAUCUUCACACCUACCAGCUCUCUUCUUGUCAUUUCAGCCACCCAGCCACCAUGACCAUGGCCUGAUCUGGACUAUCAGGGCAGCAGGUCCAAUAGACUAGAACUACAGCCGCCUAGAAAGGUCAGCUGCAGUCUUUGAACCAGAAAUGCAAAUUGGAGGUCUCUAGAGCUUAAUCACUGAUACGGCUAGCUGAGACGUGGGACGGGGGGAAGAAUUGCAUCAGAGUGGCAAAGGUAAGAGAGGAGGUUUCCAUCAGCCUGGCCUGUCUCCCCCUUGAAAUGGUCAGAAAUCCUCGCUGCCACGCUGGGCACCCAUAGCUCAGUGGUUAUAGUGUCAGCCACAUACACUGGGGCUGGCAGGUUCGAACUUGGCCUAGACCUGCUAACC